AUGGCUCGACACGUCUCUCCCUUCGAACAGUCGCCCUCCCCGGCGCCGAUGCCACCGACCAAAAGGGACAUACGUCGCAACCGCAUCGUGGAGAAGCUACAAGGCAUGAUCGACGGCUUCUCCUCCAACCAGCAUGCCCACUAUCGCGCCCAGCUACAGGCGCUACAGGUCGACAUGACCCUUGUCUUGCGCGCCGACCCUUAUCCCUCCGGCGCUGGAGACCACAGUGGACUGCUCGACGACUCUGGCGAGGAUAUCAAAAAUCUGAUUGAGCAAACCGGCGCCACCCUCCCCAACGAUGAGGCGGCGCAGCGAGACUUUGCUGCCAUAGCCGGCAGUCGGUAUCGCGAGUUUGUACGGGAGGUGAACGACUGCAUUGAACAAAGAGAUGCAGAUCUGACUAGUCUUCACAACCACUACCACUCCUCCGUUGCCGAGCUCGAUCGGCUCACCCAACACAAGCUUCGCCAGGCAGAAGAAGAGCACAAGGCCCUCACCAGCACCGUGCGCCAGCGCCUCAUUGCGAGCAUCACCAAGAGGCGGCAACAAUUGUUGCGCGACAAGGAGUCGCUCGACAUUGCAGAUAGCAACGCGCUUCUGCUACACCCGAAUCACUUCAGCAUCAACAACCCUGGCUCACCGCCGAGCGGUAUGAAUAGGAAGACAAGACACUUGCGACAUCGGCAGGGUAGUCCGAAUCUAGGGGAUUUGGAGGGCAACGGGAAGAAGAAACGCAAGGCUGGCGCAAUGGAAGACGACGGGAACGAGUCCCCUGCGCCAUACUUGCGAGCUGGUCCAGAUUUGCUAGGUGGUCGAAGUCCCUUCCGAGAGGCGCGGGAUGUCAACAAGUACACGCAAUACGAAGCACCGGCGUACAGCCUGGAGCGCAUCUUCACAGAGAAAGAGUUGGCAUUGGCCACAGACACGGCCAAGCUCGCUACUUGGCGCUACUUCAACCAGCCGCAGGGGCACGAAGCGGGCGGGGUUGACACAGCUGUGCCGUCCAUCACCGACGAGGUGAUGGAAGGGGCAGAGGACGAGGAUGCAGUGGCCGUUGCGCCGACAACAGAGGAGGGAGAUGUCGCAACGCCCGCCUCCGAACCCGCGGCGGCCGAGAUGGAGAGAUCGACGAGCCACCAAGUGCUCACUCGUGGAGGCGCACGGGCAAAUCCACUGGCCGCGCUGAACGACCUUGCCGCGGCGGCGACAUCUGAACGAGCAGCAGCCGGCGGCAUGGGACUGACAAACAGCAAAGACCCUUUCGCACCCGUCAUCCCCUUGCACCACGCCGUCACGCGAUCCGAGAAGAGUGGCGCACCGGCGCCGACGGGAGUCAGCCACCUCGACAUGGACAACGACUUCGCCAUGAUGCGACACAGCGCCUCCCGCGCGCACCCUGCCGCUGACGGCGCCGAAGACGCACCGGCGAUGCAGCUCGACAUAGACGAAGAAGACGAAGAGAUCGCGGCACGUAUGCGCCGUGAGCUCCUCGACCAGGCUUUGGGCGAGAGUGGGCCAUCGCAACCCUACCGACUACCCUUGUUGGAAACAGGUCCGGCGGUGAUCGGCAAAGGCGUGGAGCGCAAUCCCGCCACGGGCUUUGCGCCUCUGCUGAGCUUUGAGCGGAAGAUGCGUCAGCAGGCUGCUCCGCCGGGUGCGUCGAUGGCUGCGGCAUUGCAAGGGAAAUUGGGCGGUGAGCCGAUGAGCCGGACAACGAGUGCUGGUGGGGGGAGUGAGAUUGGGGAGAGUGUAGCACCCGCAGUCACGGGGACAGGGCGGAGAGGACGAGGGAGGCUGAUGGCUUGA